AUGUCGACACCUGCGACUCCAGUCGACGUCUCGCUGCCCAGUCGCAGUGCGACUGUCUACAGCACCGGAACGACUCUGACCAAUGCGACCACUGCCACGAGCGACGACGAGGGCCUCGUCGCCGAGGACACCAGCGAGACCACCCGUCUGCUGCUCGAGCGCCUGCAGGCAUGGAAGCACAUGUGCGGAUACCUGGAGGAGUACAUCGAGGCGACCGCCAAGAUCCAAAAAUCGCAGUCCAAGGACUAUGAGAAAGUCCUCAAGACCGUGAGCAACCCGCUCAAAGAAGGCCACCACUUUGACCAGGACUUGGGCGGUGUCGUGGGCAUGUUUGAGAACCUGCGCACCAACACACGGGGAAUCUCCAACAUGUACGUCGAAACCGAAAAGAACCUGCGCGGCCAAGUCCUGCCCAUCCUGGAGCGUCUCCACAAAGAGAUCAAGAACAAGUCCAAAGAGCUCAAGUCCGGCGCGCUCAAGGGCUCCAAGGCCGUCGACAAGGCCAGAGCUGUCACGCAAAAGCACAUUGAGCUGCUGGGCCAGUUUGCCGCCAUGCACGAGUCCGCCGCGGCCACCAGGAUCGAGGCUACCAAUGACCCGUAUGUCUUGCGCCGUGGUAUUAACCACCGCCUCAACAAGCAGAUCAUUGAAGAAAACAUCAACCGCAACGACACCAUCACCGUGCAAAACUCGUUCAGCCAGUUCGAGGCCCACGUCAUCGAGACCGUGCAAAACGCCAUGACCACCUUUUUCCAGUUCAUCGGCGGCCAGUUUGACCGCCAGCGCGCCAUGUACGGCGACAUCGUUGCCAGUGCCAUGAACCUGCCACCCGACUACGAAUGGGGCCGGUUCGUCAAGCGCAACGACGGCAUCCUCAUUGACCCGGACCAACCCCCGAGAACGUUGAGCAAUAUCAGCUUCCCCAACCAAGGCCACGCCGCCACCAAGCCCGUGAUCGAGGGAACCCUAGAGCGCAAGUCCCGGGCCCUCAUCAAGGGCUUUAGCACAAGUUAUUAUGUUGUGACCGCUGCCCGCUACCUGCACGAAUUCAAGGACGACGACGACUUCACCAAGGAUCCCACCCCGGAGCUGUCUCUGUACCUGCCCGACUGCAUCAUCGGCGCCAUCGACGGGGUCAAGUUCAGCGUCAAGGGCAAAAACGUGUCUGGCGGCAAAGUCGGCAAUGCCUUUUCGACCACCAGCGAGCUCCAGUUCAAGGCACACACGCCUAAUGAUGCGGAGAAGUGGUGGCGCGUGAUCAAGGACUCGACUGCAGCGCCAGCUGUGUCGCACAUUAUAACCACCACCACGUCGGCUGCGUCGACGCCCGCUGGGACUCCGACUGUUGCCUCGCCGGCAGUAAGCCGGAAUGUCAGCACCUCACACCCUCCGGUUGAUGAAAAGGCUGGGGCUGCUUCAACUUCUCCUUCUGAGAGCGAGUCUCUGGGAGGCGUCAAGCGCAGCGCGAGCCACUAUCACGGAUCUCCUGGGGGGACCGGAAUUGAGAAAUCUUGA